AUGGGCAAAGGUGACCCUAAGAAGUCGAGAGGGAAAAUGUCUUCAUAUGCCAUCUUUGUGCAAAUCUGCCGAGAGGAAUACAAGAAGAAGUACCCAGAUGCUUCUGUGAACUUCUCAGAAUUUUCUGAAAAAUGCUCACAAAGGUGGAAGAUGUUGUCUGCUAAAGAGAAAGGAACAAUUGAGACAUGGGAAAAGCUGAUAAAGGUCCAUUGUAAGAGAGAAAUGAAAACCCACAUACCACCUAAAGGAAAAACAAAGAAGUUUAAGGAUCCCAAUGCACCAAAGAAGCCUCCUUCAAUAUUUUUCUUAUUCUGUUCUUCCUAUUGUCCAAAAAUUAAAGGGGAUCAUCCUAGUCUUUCUAUUGGAGAUGUGGCCAAAAAAUGGGAGAAAUGUGGAAUAAUACUGCUAUGA